AAUAAAUUUAAUUUAUGAAAUACUUGGCAGUCCUGGUGAUUUUAUAAGCAGCAUUGCUUUGUACAUGCUAUUCUAAAAGCACAGAAGUGAAGGAGAAAUCAGUAUUUUUCAUUUUCUCAGAGGAAUGUUUCGAUAAAUUAGUGAUCCAAAAAGAUUUCUUAAAUAUUGAAUGCGUUAAAAAGACUUUAUCUGAAUUAAUCAGUUAUUCAAUCGUAGCAUUAUCAGUCAUUUUGAAAGCACCUUAGAUAUUUAAAAUAGUUCAAAAGUCAAAAGUCACUGGAUUAUCAUUUGAUUCAAUCUUCUUUGAAGUACUUUAUUAACUCAAACUAAGCUCUUCGUUUAUUCCUUUUCUAUUGCAUAUAAUGUACAUAAAGGAAAUCCUUGGAAACUUUAUGCAGAAAAUGUUGCCAUUUUAAUUUAAACUGUGAUUAUUGUUGCACUUUUUAAGGUUUAUGAGAAAUCAUUCACUCUAAGAUAAUUUUAUGUAAGAAUGGCCAUUUUCCUUGGAGUAAACUUGCCACUUUUCACAGGCCUCAUUCCUAAUAGUAUCUUCAACUUAGCUAUCAUCAUUAAUAUCUGUUUGAGUAAAAUAUGGCAUUAUUAAUAUUUUAGUUAUGUUUGCAAGACUACCUUAAAUUUGGUCAAACUUUAGAAAUAAAGACACUGGAUAACUUGCUUUUAUAACUAUCUUUUUAUAAUUCGCAGGAGCAGCAGCAAGAUGUUUCACUAUUCUAGUCAGCUCAACUGAUGGAAUGUUGAUUGUAAAUUAUUUAUUUAUCAAUCUAAAUUAGCUCCUCAAUGUCAUUAGUGUCACCUUGAAUUUUACUCUAGUGUUCUAAAUGAUAACAUAUUGGAAUUCAAAGAAAGGAAAGCAGGAUUGAGUAAAU